AUGUCUCGCUUGAACGGAACCAUCCCCGUAUUAAAUUGGUAGGUGAAAUGUAUACGAUAUGUGAGCUCAGACUCAGAGACAGAGCUCGUGUUUACAUUCUGUGUAGACGCUACGGCGUACGCAGGCUAGUGUUGGCACUCAUGUAAAAAUAUUUUCCUUUUUCGUUUGACAAAUCACAAUGAAUAUUAUAUGGUGUUUCUUUUUAUUUCAGGUAUACAUGCGAACUAUGUAAAGUCGAUUUACUGGUAAAUGAGAGAGAGGCUCAAUGCUGCCAAGAAAUCGAAGGCUGCUUAGAAGCGUUAGGGACAGAACUUGUUUUACAAGAAGGAGGUGCUGAGCCAAAUUGCAUAACGCUUCAUCCAGGCGGCUUUGGUUCGGUCUGUUUAUCACCCUGGUCAUUGCGUCCGGCAGGGCGUAAAUUUCGAAAACGUAGAAGGUGAUGAAAACAGGCAAGACACAUAUAUAUAAUAAUAUAUAUAUUUAUUAAACAAUCUAAUAUAGCCAUUUUUAACCCUGAUAAAUCCCCACAAUUUGUUAUCAAUCAGAAAAUUUCAUUUAUAUAAAACUAUUACAAAUAUUACAUGAAAAGUUUCUUAUAUUAUAGGUGUUUCCGAAGUGUUGCCUAUAGAGAGUAUAUACUAUAUACUAUUGGUUUAUGGAUACUUGGGAAAGAGAAGAAUACCUUUACCAGCAUGUGCUUAUCAUGCCAUAAGACAAGCUUUUGGUGGAAAAGACUUCAAAGGUUUUGAGGAUGACGAAGAGUUGGAAUGA